UGGGAGCAGGAGGCCCAACCCACUGAAACACAAAGGCGGCCUUGGAAAACCAGCGUGUUCGCUGUCUCGUCAUCGCCGAUUCUCCUAGCAGUCGCUCGCUUCUGGCGACUCGAGAGGUUCUCGCACUUUGUCUGUCCUCCAUUCAACUCUCUGGAGUAGGGAGCGGACUGAAUUCUCAGAAAAAAGGGAUCGGGUAAGAACAAAAUUUCUUGCGAAAGCUCCUUAUGUAGUGCUGAGUACAGAUUCACCCGGUGAGAAUCUUGCAUCAAUGUCUUCCUAAGUUUACCUUCUUCAUCAAUUUGUUGCCCUCCUCGCUCUAGGGUUUUUUGUCUCUAGGGUUUCCGGAAGAAUGUUGCUUUCUGGACUCCGUUGUUAGGGCAUUGAUUUUUGAAGGGGUAAUUGUCAUGCUUAUGUUAUUACUUUGUGGUGUGAGAGAAUGGAACUUGCUAUCCAGACUUUCUGCUCCUGAAUCCGCUGUACCAUGAAGUGCGAAUGGUCUUUGCUGAGUAGAUAAAUUUUGGAUUCUGAAUGUCACAUAGGUGUUGCGAUCAACCUGCAAAUCGGGGUUUUUUUUGAGCGAUGAGACGGCAGGGCCAGUAUGCUGAUUCUGGUGGCACUGGUUAUGGUGGUGGUCAGAUGCAGCAGCAUACUUCUAGUCAGAGGGUUGAACAAGGGUCUGAUCAUUUCCAAGGACAACUGGAGGCCUUCACUCCUGAGAGAGAGACAUCUUAUACUUCCUCGAAACCUGAUGGACAGUGGCGAUGGGUGAGGGAUGAAUCAAAGCCGGUAGCAUCUCAGAUGUUCAAUGAAGGUCAAGUGGUUGAUGCAUCAAGGACUUAUAUUCAGGGGAAAAGGCCCGAGUCCCAUGUGGGUCUAGAGCAACAAGGGAACCUUGAUCCUAGAUCUCGAUCACGUGAGGAAGAUAUGCAGAACUCUUAUGAGGACAAACCACGUUUGCAAACUUUUGAAGGCCUUGAGCAGAAAUUCAUUGAUGACAUCAUGAAAUUAGCCAAGGAACAGAGUGAUGCUGAGGACGCAGAGAUUUCCAGACACAGAGAGAAAAUAAAGUCCAUAAACGACCGGCAUCAGGAACAACUAUCAGCACUUCGAGCUAGGCACGCAAGUCGAAGAGAAGAACUGCUUCGGAAGGAGUCACAAGUACGACAACACAGAUAUCAGCAAGCUAUGAUGGAUCAUUACCCAAACAACAACAACAGCAUGGCUCCUGGAGAAUCCCUUGGCUAUAGCGCUUCACGUGCAGGCUCAGCAUCUAUCAAUGAAGCUCAGCAAGCUAAUUACAGCGGAAGCCCUUUCGAUUCUUACCAGGAGAAGGCUCGUUUCCUCGGUAAUAACGCAAGGGAUCAAGGAUACGGGACCAGAGGCCAAUACCCUGCAGGGGGACGUGUGUAUGAUUCAGGCACACGCUACUAUUGAUCGGUUCACUUCCUCAUCUCAUCCGUGGUGCCAGGUUAAAAUAUAGCCUUCAGUUUGUAGGCUCUGCUUAUAUGCUAACAUAUCUAUGUUACUCUUGCUAGCUACUUUCCCCCCUUGCUUCUGUCCUUGUGGCAUUGUUGCCCUCUUGCCGUUUCAUUGUGUUAUUAUACAUGACCUUAAACUCCACUUAUGAAAAACCCAGUUUAGUGAAAAAAAAAAAACAAUAUAAAUUAGUUUGUUAAUUGCGUCUUCUUCUGUUGAUGCAUCGAUCGAGGCCUUCUCAGUACAAUGAAACGCUCUCACAUUCUUAUUCUCCUUCUCCUUCCUAACCUUAGUAAACGUACAUUUUAACUUUGAAUCACGAAACAGGCUUCUGCAGGUU